GAGAUGGCAAUGCAUCAACAACCCUAACAUGCCUGUAUUCUGUCUCUGAAGCAGUCUGCUGGGGUCUGGGAUCACCCAGGGAAGGGAAGAUAGACGCUAAAAGCUGGAGUAACUCAGCACAUAACUCUCUGGAGACAGGAAUAGGUGAUGUUUUGGGUUCUCUACCCCCGAAACAUCACCUAUUCCUUGUCUCCAGAGAUGCUGCCUGGCCCGCUGAGUAACUCCAGCUUUUUGUGUUUAUCUUCAGUUUAAACCAGCAUCUGUAGUUCCUUUCUACACACCUAGGGAAGCGCAGCCUGGUCUCCGUUCGUUUUGGACCUUCUUGCCAUCGCACCAAGAUCUAGCUCCGCCAAUUCCAUGUGCAAUCUGAUCAUGGCAUCUGUCAAAAUUGAAUGUGUUGUGAAAGAGAAAUAUUCGGUUUCGGAAAGCCCUGUUUGGGAAGAGAAAGAAGGCACGCUUCUCUACGCCGAUGUCAGUGAACAGAAUGUGUACAGGUGGAAUCCUGAUACUAACCAAGUGAAAAAGGUCCAUCUUGAUGCACCUGUUGGUUCGGUGGUCCCUCGAAGUUCCGGGGGCUAUGUCCUUGCCCUUGGAAAAAGGUUUGCCUUUUUGGACUGGGAAGAUGAGGUGGUUACUGACAUCUCCAAGAUCGACUGCGAAAAAUCCAACAUCAGAUUCAAUGAUGGCAAGGUGGACCCAGCUGGGCGGUUCUUUGCAGGCACAAUGGCAACGGAGGUUCUCCCGGGACAAUUUGAAAGGCACCAGGGAUCACUUUAUUCCCUAUGGACAGAUCAUUCUGUGGUGAAACACUUUGACCAGGUGGAUGUUUCCAAUGGUUUAGCAUGGUCGUUGGAUUAUAGCAUCUUCUAUUAUAUAGACAGCUUAUCGUUUACCGUUGAUGCAUUUGACUACAACCUGCAGUCAGGAGAGAUCUCAAAUCGAAGGGUCGUCUACCGGCUCGAACAAGAUGAGUCUAUACCGGAUGGGCAGUGCAUCGACAGUGAGGGGAAGCUCUGGGUUGCCUGUUACAACGGUGGCAGAGUCCUUCGUAUUGACCCGGAGACAGGAAAAAGACUCCAGACAGUGAAGCUGCCUGUCAGUAAAACAACUUCUUGCUGUUUCGGAGGAAAGGAUUACUCUGACCUUUAUGUGACGUCGGCCAGCAAACGGAUGGAUCAAGAGUCGCUGCAGAGGGAGCCACUGGCGGGUGGGAUUUUUAAGGUUGCAGGACUGGGUGUGAAGGGUCUGCCGCCACAUUCAUUCAUGGGAUAGAAUCUUUUCUAACCACUUCGCUGCCAAUGGAGAAGAGACACAAUAACGUCGCUGUAUGAAUAAACAGAACAACAAUCAGACCCACUGCCUGGAGACACAUCUAACCAUUUUCUCUGCAAUGUGUGCAAAUGUAAACUGUAACAGUCGUGCCGAUUCACUGUGUGAAAAUGCUCCUAACAAAGUUAUUUCUGCCUAAGGAGAGUCCAUGUGAGCUUUCAUUCAUAGAAACAUAGAAAAUAGGCGCAGGAGUAGGCCAUUCGGCCCUUCGAGCCUGCACCGCCAUUCAAUAUGAUCAUGGCUGAUCAUCCAACUCAGUAUCCCGUACCUGCCUUCUCUCCAUACCCCCGAUCCCUUUAGCCACAAGGGCCACAUCUGACACCCUCUUAAAUAUAGCCAAUGAACUGGCCUCAACUACCUUCUGUGGCAGAGAAUUCCACAGAUUCAUCACUCUCUGUGUGAAAAAUGUUUUCCUCAUCUCGGUCCUAAAAAAUUUCCCCCUUAUCCUUAAACUGUGACCCCUUGUUCUGGACUUCCCCAACAUCGGGAACAAUCUUCCUGCAUCUAGCCUGUCCAACCCCUUAAGAAUUUUGUAAGUUUCUAUAAGAUCCCCCCUCAAUCUUCUAAAUUCUAGUGCGUACAAGCCGAGUCUAUCCAGUCUUUCUUCAUAUGAAAGUCCUGACAUCCCAGGAAUCAGUCUGGUGAACCUUCUCUGUACUCCCUCUAUGGCAAGAAUGUCCUUCCUCAGAUUAGGAGACCAAAACUGUACGCAAUACUCCAGGUGUGGUCUCACCAAGACCCUGUACAACUACUAAUUCUUGAUUAGUAAGGGUGUCUGGGGAUAAGGGGAGAAGGCAGGAGAAUGUGGUUGUGAGGGGGAAAUAUAGAUCGGCCAUAAUUGUACAGACUUGAUGGGCCAAAUGCCCUAAUUCUGCUCUUAGAAUAUAUGUACGUACAAUUAUUUUCUCUCAUGUCUGAAAUGUCACAUCUCGAAGAUAUGAGAUUCGUCCUAUCAGGCAAAUCAUACCAAUUCUUAAAGAUUUGGUCUCCCUUUAUCGACUUAUUACAAGCAUAUGGAGCAACACAACCUUAGAAAUUUCAGAGCCGGGUGAGGGGUGUGUAAAGAUAUGAAGCAGGUAUAUCAUUUUUAAUUUUUCUUAUUUUUCUCUUCUCUAUUCUUUAAAAAAGAAAAAAAAAAAUAUAUAUAUUUUUUUUUCUCUCAAGCCUCUUCCAAAGGCAGAUACUGUUCCUGAGAGUGUAGAGUCAUACAUCAAGACCUGGGGCAGGGCCUUACAUCGCCCGGCGUGGCUUUGAGUGGCCGUGGACUUGCUAGCGCCUGCCGGGGCCUUUGACCUCGACUUCGGGAGAGGAAUGGAGAGCAGGGGAGAGACCAGACUUUGCCUUCCAUCACAGUGAGGAGGAGACUCACUGUGAUGGAUGUUUGUGUGAAUUAUGUUGGUGUGUGUCUUGGUUCUUUUCUUGUAUGGCUGCAGAAACCAAAUUUUGUUUGAACCUCAUGUGAGGUCCAAACUACCUCCUUUGGCAGGUAGACACAAAAUGCUGGAGUAACUCAGCGGGACAGGCAGCAUCUCUGGAGAGAAGGAAUGGGUGACGUUUCGGGUCGAGACCCUUCUUCAGUUCUUUCCUGCCCAUUACCUCCUUCGGCAGCUUGUUCCAUAUACUCACCACCCUCUGAGUCAUCUUAGGAGGGAUGUGAAUGCGGUAACAUAUAGAUUUGAUAUGUUAAAAUAUCUAACAUUUUAUAUGUUUAGUUACAUAGAAACAUAGAAAUUAGGUGCAGGAGUAGGCCAUUAGGCCCUUUGAGCCUGCACCGCCAUUCAAUAUGAUCAUGGCUGAUCAUCCAACUCAGUAUCCCGUACCUGCCUUCUCUCCAUACCCUCUGAUCCCCUUAGCCACAAGGG